ACCCCCGCGCGCCGAGGCCGCGCGGUGCAGUCCAGUCAGCCGUCGCCCGUCGCCCGAGAACCACGUGCCGCCGCCCGCGGCCUCCCUCCUCUCGCACCGUUCGUGGACGCGCGAUCUUCGACGCGAGUGACUUGAGCGUCCGAUACUUGUGAAACUUUGUAAUUGGAUAUAUUCAACUGAGUGUUGUGUGAAUGUGGUGUAUGAAUAAGGAGUGCACUGUUUGGAAGUGGUUCGUCGGCGGCUCGAGCCGGUUCCGUGGUGGGCGCCUAGCGGGCCGAGUGCCGGCGCCGCGAGCCUGUGCUUUCUAAACGAUCCUGCGAGCGACGGCUGCGACUGUGCUCUGUUUCGUCAACGGACAUCCAAAGUGAACUUUAGUCUGGCUUCUUACAGAGCGGAGAGCGGCGCCCGCCCGUCCCACACAUGAGAACACGAGGGGCGACAUGCGGAGCGCGCGCGCGCUGCUGCUGCUGGCGGCGCUGUGCUGCGCGCGCGGCGCCGGCCCCGGGCCGCCCGAUCCGCCGCCCGGGCCCGCGCUGCACUUCGCGCACGCGCUGUACAACGUGAGCGUGCCAGAGAACAGCCCGCCGCGAACGUUCGCCACGCAGCCGCCCGCCGCCGCGCCGCUCGGCGUGCGCCUGCCCGCGCCCGGCGCGCGCGUGCGCUUCCGCAUCCGCCACGGCGACCGGGACAAGUUCUUCAAGGCGGAGGACCGCGCCGUGGGCGACUUCUGCUUCCUCGCGCUGCGCACGCGCGCCGGCCACGCCGACGUGCUCAACCGCGAGCGCCGCGACAGCUUCCGCCUCGACGUGCGCGCCACGGCGCAGCUCGCCGACGGCCGCCAACUGGAGGCCGACACCGUGGUGGCCGUGCAGGUCACCGACGAGAACGACCUCAGCCCGCUGUUCUACCCCACCGAGUACGAGGCGGUGGUGCGUGAGGACGCGCCGCUGCACUCCAGCGUGGCGCGCGUGUCCGCCGACGACGCCGACCUGGGCGUCAACGGCGAGAUCUACUACAGCCUCGCCGAGCCCACCGACCGCUUCGCCGUGCACCCCACCGCCGGCGUGGUGACGCUGACGCGCGCGCUACGUGCCGCCGAGGCCCCCACGUACACCGUCGCGGUGCUAGCGCGCGACCGCGCCUCGCUCAUGGCGCGCGGCGACGACGCGCCGGCGGCGCGCGCCACGCUGCUCGUUCGCGUCGUUCCCGUCAACCUACACGCCCCGGAACUUAAAGUUCGCCACCUGCCCGAACUGAUAGAGAACUCUACGGCGGAAGUGUACGCGAUCGUCGAGGUGACGGACCGAGACGCGGGCGAGCACGGCCGCGUCGCCGGCCUCGAGAUAGUCGACGGCGACCCUCACGGGCACUUCCGCGUUCGCGAGUCGGCGCAGGCCGGCGAGUAUGACGUCGUGGCGCACGCGCUGCUGGACCGCGAGAGCGCGCCGCGCGGCUACAACCUCACGCUGCGCGCCACCGAUGCCGGCACGCCCGCGCGCUCCGCCUACCUCACGCUGCCGGUGAUGCUGACGGACGCCGACGACGGCGCGCCGGUGUUCAGCCGAGAGGUGUACGAGGCCAGCGUGAGCGAGACGGCGCCGCCGAACACGCCCGUGCUGCGCCUGAAGGUGAGCGACCGGGACGAGGGGCGCAACGCGCGCGUCUACAUCGAGAUCGUGGGCGGCAACGAGGGCGGCGAGUUCAGCGUCAACCCGGACACGGGCGUGCUGUACACGGCGGUAGCGCUGGACGCGGAGCGUAAGGCGUUCUACACGCUCACCGUGUCCGCCAUCGACCACGGCGACGCCGGGGUGCGCCAGCAGUCGUCCGCCAAAGUGAAGAUAGAGAUAGUCGACGCCAACGACAACGACCCCGCGUUCGAGCGCGAGCAGAUGGAGGUGACGCUGGCAGAGAACGGCGCGCCGGGCGCCGUGGUGGCGCGCGUGGCGGCGCGCGACGCCGACUCGGGUGAGAACGCGUACAUCUCCUACAGCAUCGCCAACCUGCAGCCUGUGCCCUUCGAGGUGGACCACUUCUCCGGCGCCGUGCGCACCACGCGGCUGCUGGACUACGAGAGCAUGCGGCGCGAAUACGCGCUGCAGAUCCGCGCCAGCGACUGGGGCCUGCCGUACCGCCGCCAGGCCGAGAUGCGGCUCACCGUGCGGCUCGAGGACGUCAACGACAACCGGCCGCAGUUCGAGCGCGUGGACUGCGUCGGCUACCUGUCGCGCAAGCUCGCCGUCGGUGCCGAGAUCGUCACCCUGUCGGCCAUCGACUUCGACGCCGGUGACGUGGUGGCGUACCGCGUCGCCGGCGGCAACGAGGACAACUGCUUCUCCCUCGACGCCGGCACCGGCGUGCUCGUGCUGGCGUGCGACCUGGCCGACGUGCGCGCCGAGACUCGCGUGCUGAACGUCACCGCGACCGACGGCACGCACUUCGCGGAUGCGGCCACCCUGACUCUGCACCUGGUGACCGGCGUGGGCGAAUCGAACUCGCUGGAGUGCCGCGACACAGGCGUCGCGCGGCGCCUCACGGAGCUGCUGGCGGCGGCCGAGCGGAGCAACGCGCCCGUCGACUUCGCCGAGGACUUCCCCCCGGCGCCGUCCCGCUACGGCGAGAACUUGCACUACCCGGAGUUCGUCGACUUCCCGGUCGAGGUGAAGGUGAACGAGUCCGUGGCGCUGGGCACGUCGUUGGUGCGGCUGCGCGCGCGCGACCGCGACCUCGGCUACAACGGCCUGCUGGUGUACGCCAUCUCCGGCGGCGACGCCGACUCCGCCUUCCGCAUCGACCCCGACACGGGGGAGCUCAAGGUGAUCGGCUACCUGGACCGCGAGCGCGAGAGCGAGUACUACCUGAACGUGACGGUGUACGACCUGGGGCGCCCGCAGCGCGCGGCGGCGCGCCUGCUGCCCGUCACGGUGCUCGACGUGAACGACAACGCUCCGCGCUUCGCCACCACGCUCGCCAGCCUGCGGGUGACGGAGAACGCCCUCAACGGCACGGCAAUAUUCCACGCGAACGCCACGGACCGCGAUGGCGGCGAGUUCGGCCGCGUCGUCUACAGCCUCAGCGGCGCCGGCGACGGCGAGUUCUGCGUCGAGCGUGACAGCGGCGUGGUGGCCGUGUGCGCGCCGCUGGACCGCGAGCGGCGUGCGCUGUACGAGCUGACGGUGCGCGCCACGGAUGGCGGCGGCCUGCGCGCGGAGGCGUUAGUGCGCGUGGCCGUGGACGACGUCAACGACAACGCACCUCGCUUCGCGCUGCCGGCUUACAGUGCGCGCGUACGCGAGGACGUACCUUUGGGUACGCUGGUGGCCGUGCUCGAAGCCUUCGACCCCGACCUGGGCGCCGGCGGCGUCGUCACCUACUCGCUGCCCGACCAGCCGGCGGAGGACGCCGUGUUCACCGUCGACGCCACCUCGGGCACCCUGCGCACCGCGAGGCGACUUGACUACGAGGAUAGACAGGUGUAUGGCGUGACGGUGCGCGCCGCGGACGGCGGGCGGCCGGCGCUGUGGGCCGAGGCCACGCUCAUCGUGGAGGUGGCGGACGUGGACGAAAACGCGCACACGCCAGCGUUCGCCGAGCGCGUCGCUCUCGCUGCGAGCGUGCCGGAGAACGCGCCGCCCGGCACCGCCGUGCUCACGGCGCGCGCCACCGACGACGACCCGCCUGGCCGCGACUCGCGCCUCGCCUACUACGUCGUGGGCGGCUCCGGCCUGGCGCACUUCUCCGUGGACGACGCGGGCGUCGUGCGCACGGCCACGCCGCUGGACCGCGAGGCUACGCCGCACUACUGGCUCACGCUGUGCGCGCAGGACCACGGCCUGGUGCCGCGCCACGCCUGCGUCCAGGUAUACAUCGAGGUGGAGGACGUGAAUGACAUGGCACCGUGGCCGGAGCGCGCCGAGUACGCGGCGGCCGUGCCCGAGCACUGCGCGGCCGGCACGCUCGUGGCGCGCGUGCACGCUGUGGAUGCGGACGCCGCGCCCGCGCCCGCGCGUCUGCGCUACUCAAUCGUGGCCGGCAACCCGGACGGACUCUUCUCCAUCGACGAGGACACAGGCGAGGUGCGCACGACAGGGCGCGCGCUGGACCGCGAGGCGGCGGCCGCGCACGCGCUGGAGGUGGCGGUGUGGGACGGCGCGCUAACCGGCGCGGCGCGCGUGCGCGUAACGGUGCUCGACCUCAACGAUCACGCGCCCGCCUUCACGCAGCGCUUCUACGACGUGCGCGCGCCCGCCGCCGACAUGCAGGAUGACGAGGCGGCUUCUGUUGAAGGCCAAGAGAGUAGCUCGGAGGCCGAGGCCGAGGCCGAGGACGAGGACGAGGGCUCGGGCCGCGCCGCCUGGGACGUGUGGGACGAGGACGACGAGCCCGCCGGCACCUACAUCACCACGGUAGCGGCGCUGGACAGUGACGCGGGAGAGAACGGCACCGUCCGAUACAGCGGGCGAGCGCGAGGCGCCGCGCGCGGCGUGCUGCGCGUGCACGCGCGCUCCGGCCGCGUGUACGCGGCGCCGCGGCUGCGGCUCGCGCCGGCGCUCACCUACGACCUCACGGUGCGCGCGUGCGACGGCGGGCGGCCGGCGCGCUGCAGCGUGUCACGCGUGCGCGUGCGCGUGGUGGCGCGCGGCGGCGGCGCGGCGCCCGCGGUGCGUGCCGUGGCGCCGCUGCAGGCCGCCGAGCUGGACGCGCCCGGGUUCCUGCUGGCGCUGCUGCAGGCCAGCGACCCCGAGGGCGACGCGCUCUACUAUGACAUCGUCGACGGCGACCCGCAGCACCAGUUCUCGGUGGGGCGCGAGGACGGCAGCGUGGUGCUGGCGCGCCGGCUGCUGUGGGAGCAGCGCGCGCACUACGCGCUCAAUGUGUCCGUGAGUGACGGGCGCAGCGCGGCGCACACGCUGGUGGACGUCACCGUCGUCAACGACGCGCACGAGGCCGGCGUGCUGUUCUCGCGCGACGAGUACGUCGUGGAGGUGUCGGAGAGCGCGCGCGCGGGCGCCGCGCUCGUCACGCUGGAGGCGACGGCGGGCACGGGCGCGCGCCUGCUGUUCGGCCUGCACGCCGCGCGCGCGCCCCGCGACCUGCAACUAUUCCGCCUUGACGAGCUUACCGGCGUGCUGGAGCUGGCGCGCCCGCUCGACAGGGAGGCGGCCGCCGUGCACGAGCUGACGGUGUGGGCGCGAGACCAGGCGCCGCGCGCGUCGGUGGCGUUCGCGCGCGUCACGGUGCGCGUGCACGACGCGGACGAGCACGCGCCGGAGUGGGCGCGGCGCCUGUGGGAGGCGCGACUGGCGCGCGGCGCGGCGCCGGGCUCGCUGGUGGCGCCGCUGCGCGCCUUCGACCGCGACGCGGGCGACGCGGCGCGCGUGCUGUACUCGCUUGCGGGCGGCGACGCGGCGGGGCUGUUCGCCGUAGACGAGCUGGGCGACGUGCGCCUGACGCGCGCGCUGCCCGCCGCCGGCCCGCGCGACUACACGCUGCACGUGCGCGCCGCCAGCCCGCCUCCCUCUGAGCGUGGCGCCACGCUGCCGCUGCACGUGCUGGUAGUGGAGCCCGACGACGCGCCGCCGCGCUUCGUGGACGCGGACGUGGUGUGCGAGGUGGGCGAGGACGCGGCGCCGGGCGCCGUGCUGGCCGCGCUGGAGGCGCGCAGCGAGACCUCUGUGUGGUACUCGCUGCGCGGCGCGGAGGGCGCCUUCCGCCUCAACCCCGCGGCCGGCGUACUGAGCCUGGCCGCGCCCGUCGACUACGAGACCAAGGACCUCUACAACCUCACCGUCACCGCUUUCAACAUGGGCGGCGGUAGCGCCAGCGCGCGCGUCGCGGUGCACGUGCUCGACCGGAACGAGUUCCCGCCUGUUCUUUUGCAACGAGAGUAUCGAGGCCGCAUAUCGGAGGCCGCCAACGCGGGCGCGCUGGUCAGCGACGCGGCGGGCGCGCCGGGCGAGCCGCUCGUGCUGGCGACGGCGGACGGCGACUCGCCCGCCAACCAGCAGCGCGCCUUCGACAUCCUGGAGCCCGCCGCGCGCGCGCUGUUCCGCCUCGACCCCACCACCGGCGCGCUGCAGCUUGCCGCGCCGCUCGACCACGAGCUGCAGCCGCGUCACACCUUCACCGUACGCGUCGUAGACGCGGGCGAGCCGCGCUUGCCCUCGGCCAGCACCGCACGGGUCACGGUGGACGUGGUGAACGUCAACGACUGCCCGCCCGCCUUCUCGCAGGCUACGUACCAGGCCACCGUGCUGCUGCCCACGGCGCCCGACGUGCUCGUGCUCACGCUGAGCGCCAGCGACGCCGACGACCCCGCCGGCCUGGCGCCGCUCAAGUUCGACAUCAUCGACGGUGACUCGCGCGGCGCCUUCGCGCUGUCGGCGGCGGGCGAGCUGCGCGUGGCGGACCCCGCGCCGCUGGCGGGCUCGCACCGUCUGCGCGUGCGCGUGUCGGACGGCGCGUUCGCCAGCUCGGCGCGCGUGGAGGUGCGCGUGCGCGAAACCGACAACGCGGGGCUCGCCUUCCAGAAGGCGGACUACUACGGCUCCGUGGUGGAGAACUCCACCAAGCCGGCCGUCGUGGCCGUGCUGGCCGUGCUCGGCGCCGCGCUCAACGAACACGUCCAUUUCCGCAUCCUGAAUCCCGUCGAAGGUUUCGAGGUGGGUGCGACGUCGGGCGCGGUGCGCAGCACGGGGCGCGCGCUGGACCGCGAGGCGCGCGACGCGUACACGCUGCUGCUGCAGGCGCGCAGCGCGGGCGCGGGCGGCGCGGCCGAGCGCGUGGCGCACGCGCGCCUGCACGUGGCGGUGACGGACGUCAACGACAACUGUCCGGUGUUCGUGGAGCAGCCCUACGCGGCGGCCGUGGCGGCGGGCGCGGAGCCCGGCACCGCCGUCGUGCGCGUGCGCGCCGUCGACCUGGACGCCAACGACAACGGCGAGGUGCGGUACGAGAUGAAGCGCGGGCACGGCGAGCUGUUCCGCGUGGACCGGCGCUCGGGGCAGGUGACGCUGAAGCAGACGCUGGACGCGCACAACCAGCUCUACACGCUCGUCGUCGCCGCAUUCGACGGAGGCACGCCGGCGUGCGGCGCGCAGGCUGAGGUGGCGGUGCGCGUGUGGGGCGGCGGCGCGGCGCCCGCGUGGCCCGCGGCGCACGUGGAGCUGCGCGUGCGCGAGGACGCGGCGCCCGGCGAGCCGCUCGGCGCGCCGCUGCAGGCGCGCUCGCCGCUCGCGCGCCAGCUGAUCUACACGCUGCACGACGGCGCCGCCGACCUCUUCGAGAUACAUUUCGACACCGCGCCCGACCGGGGGAGCGGUCCGUGCACGCUGGUGGCGCGCGCGGCGCUGGACUACGAGGCGGCGCGCGAGCACACGCUGACGGUGCGCGCCACGGAUGGCGUGACGGGCGCCUUCGCCGACCUGGCCGUGACGCUGCGCGUGCUGGACGUCAACGACUGCGCGCCCGAGUUCGCCAGCGACGAGUACCGCGCCGUCGUGUCCGAGGCGGCGUCCGUGGGCGACGUCGUGCUCGCCGUGCGCGCCGACGACGCCGACAGCGGUGCUAACGGGGAAGUGAGCUACUCGCUGUCGGCGUGGGGCGACGCGGAGUCGGAGGCGGCAUUCGCCGUGGACGCGCGCACCGGCGCCGUGCGUGUGGCGGUGCCGCUGGACCGCGAGGCGCGCGCCGCGCACCACCUGCUGCUCACCGCCAGCGACGCGGGCCGCCCGCGCCUGCUUACCACCGCGCACCUCUUUGUCACCGUGGAGGACGUCAACGACUGCGCGCCGCACAUGGAGCGCGGCGUGGUGGCGGCGCUGGUGUCGGAGGAGGCGGCGCGCGGCGUGGCGCUGGCGCGCGUGGCGGCGUGGGAUGCCGACACGCAAGACGCGCCGCGCCUUCGCUACGCACUGCAGGGCGCGGCGGGCGAGCGGCGCGCGCUGGCUGUGCACGCGCGUACAGGCGUGCUGACGCUGUUGGACGCGCGCUAUCUAUCCGGCGCCGCGCCGCGCUCGCUCAACGUGUCGGUGUCGGACGGCGCGCACGCCGCCUUCGCGCGCGUCAAGCUGUCGCUGGCGCCUGCCAAUCGCCACGCGCCGCGCUUCGCGCACCUCGUAUACGAAGCGCGCGCGCUGGAGAACCAGCCGCCGCCGCUGCAGCUCACCACCGUGAAGGCUGUCGACCCGGACGCUGGCGAGUACGGUGCCGUCAGCUAUUCGAUCCCGUCGGCGCGCCUGCGCGAGCUGUUCGCCGUGGACGCGCUCAGCGGUGCGCUGAGCGCGCGCGUGGCGCUGGACCGCGAGCGACGCGCCGAAUGGGCCGUGCCGGUGACGGCGAGUGACGGCGGCGGGCGCUUGGCGCACACCACAGUGCGCGUGCGCGUGGGCGACGUCAACGACCAUGCGCCCGCCUUCCCGCUGCGCGAGUACCGCGCCGCCGUGCGCGCCGACCGCGCGCCGCGCCUGCCCUUCCUGGCACUGGCGGCGAGCGACCGUGACGCGGGCGACAACGCGCGCCUGCGUUACAGCGUGUACGAGGGCGAGCUGCGCACGGACGCGGCCGGCCUGCUCGCCGUAGACGCGCUCACCGGCGCGCUUUCCUUCGCCAGGAACGCCUCUGCCUUCGCGGGGCGCACGGUGCAGGUGUGGGUGCGCGCCACGGACGGCGGCGGGCUGGCGGGCGAGACGGGCGUGGCCGUGCGCGUGCUGGCGCCCGGCGAGCGCGCGCCGCGCCUGGCGCCGCCGCCGCCCGACCUGUUCCUGCCCGAGGACGCGCCGCCCGGCACGCUCAUCGCCGAGCUGCGGCCCGCGCCCGACGCGUCGCACCUGCCCGCGCUGCGCCUGGCGCCCGCCGCCGAGCCGCGCGACCUGUUCGCGCUCGACGCCGCCGGCCGCCUGCUGCUGGCCGCGCCGCUCGACCGCGAGACCGCGUCGGAGCAUGUCAUCGGCAUCAUCGCGGAGGACGCGGCCAGCCCGGCGCUGGCCACCAUGGUGGUGACGCGGCUGCACGUGCUGGACGUCAACGAGCACGCGCCCGCCUUCCACUCACAGCCCUACGUCGUGCAGCUCGCCGAAAACACGCCGCCGCACUCCAGCGUCGUGCAACUGAUGGCGGACGACCCCGACGCGGGCUCCAACGGCGAGGUGCGCUUCUCGCUGGUGGGCGCUGAGGCGGUGCCGUUCGCGGUGGACGCGCACAGCGGCUGGGUGACGACGACGGCGGCGCUGGACCGCGAGGCGCGCGCCGAGUACCGCCUGUCGCUGCAGGCGCGCGACGCGGGCGCGCAGAGCCGCUCGGCGCGCGGCUCGCUGGUGGUGCGGCUCGUGGACUACAACGACUGCCCGCCACGCUUCGCGCAGGACACGUACGCGGCGACCGUGCGCGAGGACGCGGCGGCGGGCACGGUGCUGGCGCGGCUGGCGGUGGCGGACGCGGACGCGGCGGGUGCGCCGCUGGCAUUCUUCGUGGCGGCGGGCGACCCGCGCGCGCGCUUCGCCGUGCGCGCGUCGGGCGAGCUGCACGUGGCGCGCGCGCUGGACCGCGAGGCCGAGCCCGCCUACUCGCUGUCGGUGGCGGCCACGGACGGCAAGUUCACGGCCUACACCGCCGUGCACGUCACCGUGCAGGACGUCAACGACAACCCGCCGUACUGCGUGCGGCACCGCUACCGCGUGCGGCUGAGCGAGGACGCGCCGCGCGGCGCGCGCCUGCUGGCGCUGCUGACGCGCGACGCGGACGAGCCGCACAACGCGCGCCUGCGCUACUUCCUCACGGGCGACCACGCCGACCACUUCGCCAUUCACAAGGAGACGGGCGUGGUGACCGUGGCGGCCGAGCUGGACCGCGAGCGCACGCCUGCGUACCGGCUCACGGCGCACGCGCAGGACCGCGAGCGCGCCGACUGGGCCUGCAGCUCCGAGCUCGACGUGCGGCUCGACGACGUCAACGACAACGCGCCGCGCUUCUCUGCCGCGCUCUACAGCGUCACGCUGCCCGAGGACGCCGAGCUGGGCACCCUGGUCGCCAAGGUGCACGCCACCGACGCCGACCUCGGCGACAACGGUUCCGUGCGCUACUCGUUCGUGGAGGAGAGCGGCGUGUUCGCGCUGGCGCCCGACACCGGCAUCGUCACGCUGCGCGCCGCGCUCGACCGCGAGACGCAGGCCGAGCACCGCCUCGUGCUGCGCGCCGCCGACGCGGGCCGCCCGCCGCGCAGCGCCACGGCCACCGUGCGCCUCACCGUGGCCGACGUCAACGACAACCCGCCCGAGUUCGAGCUGCGCAGCUACCGCGCCAGCGUGCCCGAGCUGGCCGCGCCCGGCGCCGAGCUGCUGCGCGUGCGCGCUACCAGCCGCGACGCGGGCGUCAACGCCGACGUGUACUACGCGCUCGUGGGUGGCGACGACCGCGACGACUUCGCCGUGGACCGCGCCAGCGGCGUGCUGCGCGUGGCGCGCCCGCUGGACUACGAGCGGCGCCGCGCCUACCUGCUCACCGUGCAGGCCGUGGACGGCGGCUCGCCGCCGCUCAGCGACCACGCCAGCGUCAACAUCUCCGUCACGGACAGCAACGACAACGCGCCCGCCUUCUCGCAGCCGCGCUACGCCGCGCGCGUGCGCGAGGACGCCGCGCUCGGCCACCGCGUCGUGCAGGUCAUCGCCGACGACGCGGACGCGGGCGCCAACGGCCGCGUCGCGUACUCCAUCGCGCGCGGCGACCCCGACGGCCGCUUCGUCAUCGACGCCGACACCGGCUACGUGUCGCUCGCGGCGCCGCUCGACCGCGAGACCGAGCCCGCCUACGCGCUGGAGGUACGAGCGCGCGACCGCGGCGUCCCCGCGCUCGAGGCGACCGCCACGGUGGACGUGGAAGUGCUCGACGCGAACGACAACCCGCCGCUGUUCGAGCGCGCGAACUACUCGGCGGUCGUGCAGGAGGACAAGCCGCUCGGACACACCGUGCUGAAGUUCGUCGUGACCGACGCCGACGCGCCGCCGAACGCCGCGCCCUAUACCUUUGACUUUCAAGCCGGGAACGAGAUGGGGGCCUUUCGACUCGAGCAGGAUGGCUACCUGCGCUCUGCGACUCGCUUCAACCACCGCAUCAAGGAACGCUACGCGCUGCAGGUGCGCGUGUUCGACAACGGCACUCCGCCGCUGUUCUCCGACGCCUGGGUGCACGUGCGCGUCGUGGAGGAGUCGCAGUUCCCGCCCGUGGCCACGCCGCUAGAGGUCGUCGUCAACUCCUACCUCGACGAGUUCCCGGGCGGCGUCGUCGGCCGCGUGCACGCGUCCGACCGCGACGCGUACGACCGGCUCACGUACGCGCUGGCGCCCGUCGACGGCGCGCCCUACGCCGCCACCGACCUGUUCGAGAUCGACGCGGCCGACGGCACGCUGCGCGCCGCGCCGCGCCUCGACGUCGGCGACUACCGCCUCAACGUGACGGUCGACGACGGCAAGUUCGUCGGCUUCACCGUCGUCAAGGUCGCCGUGGUGCUCGUCUCCGACGAGAUGCUCGCGCAGGCCGUCGUGGUGCGCUUCCGCCAGGUGAGCGACGCCGACUUCGUGCUGAGCCACCGCAAGGGCUUCGUGCGCGCCGUGCGCGAGGCCACCGACUGCGGUCCGGGGGACGUCGUCAUCGUGAGCGUGCAGCCAUCCGGCGACGCCGACGCGGCGGAAGCGCGCGCGCGCCGCCAGGUGGCGCAAGACCUGGACGUCGCGUUCGCGGUGCGCGACGGUGACGGCUUCCUGGCCGCCGACGCGCUGCGCCGCCGCCUGCAUGCGCAUCUCGAGCGCCUCGAGGAGCGCACGCGCCUUGUGGUGGAGGAGCUCGUGCGCGCCGCGUGCGGCGGCUGCGUGCACGGCACGUGCGCGGAGCGCGUGGUAAUGCGCGCAGCGGAGGUGCGCGCCGUGGCCACCGAGGUGUUCGCGCUGGUGGCGCCGGCGCACCGGCUGCGCGGCGAGUGCUUGUGCGCGCCCGGGUUCGCGGGUGCACGCUGCGAGCUGGCGGCUCCGGAGCCGGCGGCGCGUUGCGAGGCAGGCUGCGCGCCUGGCGUGGCGCAGCUGGCGGGCGACGGCUACCUGGCGUACCGGCUAGAGCGCGGCGUGGUGGAGGGCGCGCGGCUGCUGGACGACGAGCUGCUGGUGGCGCUGCGCUUCCGAACGCGCGCGCCGCGCGGCACGCUACUGGCGGCGGCGGGGCGCGUGGACCACGCCGUGCUGGAGCUGGAGGACGGGCACGUGCAGUUCCGGCUCGAGCUGGGCGCGGGCGAGGUGCGGCUGCGCGCGGGCGGCCCGGUGGCGGACGGCGAGUGGCACGCCGUGCGGCUGGAGCGGCGCGGCGCGGCCGUGCGGCUGGUGGUGGACCGGCGCGCGGCGCAGGCGCAGGCGCCGCCGCCGGCCGCCGUGCUGGACGCGCGCGCCGACCGCUUCCUGGUGGGCGCCACGCUGCUGCGCCACGCGCAUGCGCUCGCCCCGGAGCAGGUGACGUACGGCUUCGACGGCUGCAUCGCGGACGUGACGCUGGGCGGCGCGCGCCUGCCGCUAGACGAGGGCGGCACGUCACCCGACGGCCGUGCGCAGCUCGUGCGCCGCGUGCGCGUGCGCGUGGCGGCCGACUGCGCGCCGCUCGCCACGCCCGGGCCCUGCGCCGCGCAGCCCUGCGAGCACGGCGGGACAUGCCGCGCGCGCCCCGACCGCGCCGCCGACGCCUUCGAUUGCGCCUGCCACGCGCGCUUCCGUGGCGCGCGCUGCGAGUUGGACACCGACCCGUGCGCGUCGCAGCCCUGCCUGCACGGCGGCUUCUGCGCGGCGGCGGGCGCGGGCGCGUUCCGCUGUGCGUGCGGCGCGGGGCUGGCGGGCGCGCGCUGCGAGCGCGGGCGCUGGUGCGCGCCGGGCGUGUGCGCGCACGGCGGCGCGUGCGAGGAGGGCGACUGGGGCCCGUCGUGCCGCUGCCGCGGGUACUACGGGCCGCGCUGCCAGUACGACGUAGACGAGUGCGCGGGCGAGCCGUGCCUCAACGGCGCCACGUGCCUCAACGAGCCCGGCUCCUUCCGCUGCCUGUGCCCGCCCGGCCGCACCGGCAUGAACUGCGGCAACCCGCUGCACUCCGACGCCGUGGUGGCGGGCGACGCGGCGGGCGGCGGUCGCGCGCUGCGGGAGCUGUGGACCUGGGCGCUGCGCGCGCGCUGGCCGCUGGGCGCGGCGGCGGGUGCGCUGCUGCUACUGCUGCUGCUGGCGCUGCUGCCCGUGGCGCUGCGGCGCGCACGGCGCCCGCGCGCGCCUCCCGCGCCACUCAACAGUGCGCUUGACAAGCUGCCGCCCGCCAAGCUGUCCAAUCUGGAGGCCGUGCGGCGCGGCCGGCCCGCCUCGUGCGCCGAGCCUCCGCCGCUCAAUAACAUCGACACGCUGCGCUCCUACGGCUCGGCCGGCGACGAGCUGGAGGGCCUGCCGCCCGACUACCUGCGCAACCUCAACCUGGAGCCCGCCGACCGCAAGCCGUGGUCCGAGCAGAUGCACCUGCAUACCUUCGCCGAUCACAAGAUAUACAACGAUCUGAAGGGCUGCAAUACGCGCGCCCGCGUGCCGUCGCCCGGCGCGGCGCGGCGCGCGGCCCCGGUGGGCGCGCCGCCGAGUGUGGGCGAGCCGCACCUGCUGGGCGGCUACCACUGGGACUGCUCGGACUGGUGCGGCGGCGGCGGCGCGCUGCCCGGCAUCAGCGAGGUGGCGGGCUCCGAGCGCCCCGACUCCUCCUCGCCGCCGUCGCCGCGCUCGCCGCGCCGCUCGCCGCACCACACGUCGCGCCGCGCGCCGCGCGACGUGGUGCCGCUCGACACCGACUCGGCGACCGACGACCCGCUGCGGUACACGGACGUGUCGUCGUACCUGCUGCACGCGGACGAGUUCUCGGCGGGAGGCGAUGACGCGUCGCUGCGCGCGCGCGCGCCGCGCGAGCCCGACGCGCACAGCCUCAUCACCAUGCUCGAGGAGCGGCACUCGCUGCUGGACGACGGCGGCUCGUGCAGCGACGCGUCCGCCAACCUGUGCGAGAUCGAGGACUCGGAGGCGGAGGACGCGCCGCCGCCGCCGCCGCGCCACUCCGCCGUGUGACGCCGGCGCGCGGCCGCCGCGCCGCCUCCCGCCGCCGCCGCCGCCGCGUGACGCGCCCGAGGGGACAGUGUGCGGCGCGCGACGAGCGGACUCGUGUACAGUGUACAUUCACGUAGUUAGACACCUCGCGCCGCGCCGGCGCCGCCGCGCGGUGAACUCUCGUCAACUUGUAAAUAUGUACCUAAUGUAAGAGUAACUGUUGUAUUGUAUAUAAUGUAGCUAGGGACGGUCGGGCGGCGAGCCGGCGCGAGCGUGGCGCGGCGCGACGCGACUGUCGCGUCGUCGGUCGCGUCGCUUUGUAUUAUUAUAAGAAUAUGGUGCUCCGACUAGUUUCAUAUCAUGACUUUGAAGUGUACAUUUCCUUGUAGGCUAGAUGUCGUUAAGGAAUCUAUUUUUGUAUGUGAACAGUAGCGACUCCGCGGCGACUGACUGACUGACCGCGCGCGACGCGACGCGGCGGCUUCGUUACUGGGUUCGUUCGCGACCGUUCGAGCGUUUAAUGAAUUGAUUAUUAUUUAUUUAAUUUUAUGAUUGUUGUAAGUUUUGAGAAGAACGAUGAAGUUGCGAAUGAGCUAAUAAAAGUACAACUGCUGUGUAUA